AGUAUCACGCGGGACUCGCAUCUUACUGCUGGUAGAUCGUGACAUUAUUUAACUUAUUACGUGUGUACUUUUCUCGGUGCCCACCCACCAAAGAUGCACUGCUUUCAAUAAUGCAAGUGUCAAAUUAUUUGAAUUGAACGAUUUUGUUUGCGCUUUAGAGCAAGCGCAUUGGGUGAACUCUUUGAAAAUUUAUCUGACAGCGCGAAUUGUGUACUGUGCUAUUUUUUGUGAUUGUUUAUUUUUUUGAGUGAUGUGUGACUAAAUUUUAAUGGAUAUGGAAGUGUUCACAUUUAAACUUUGUGGUUAUUUGAUAUUAUUUGGAGGAGUUUUUGGAUCUUAUUUACAUUCACAAGGAAAAUAUGUCAAUCACUACAGUAACCAGUUUGAUGAUCCUCAAACAAACCGUGGCGUUCUAGCUCACGUCCAGGCCCUGCUCAAGGGAACUGCCCUAUUGCCAUGCGACUUGACGCCGACCGCUCCUAACGAUACUGUGCUUCUAGUGGUUUGGUACAAAGAUGAGCACACCCCGAUUUAUAGUUACGACACCCGAGGUGGUCACGCAACGCUGGCGAAACAUUGGCAGGACACCAAUUUGGAGUCCAGGGCAUUUUUCAGGACGAUGACCGAACCUUCGACUCUCAGUAUCGAUAAUGUUGCUGAAAAGGACGAAGGAGAAUAUAGAUGCAGGAUAGAUUUUUUGCGGUCGCCUACCAGAAAUGCUAGAGUUGCUCUUAAUGUCAUCGUCCCACCACAAAAACCUAGUAUAAUAGACGAAAAAGGAAAAGAAGUCCCAUCACAUGCUGGUCCUUACGAAGAAGGAGGAGACGUAAAACUAACAUGUAUCGUUUCAGGAGGAAAGCCAGAACCAAUAAUAAAAUGGUGGAGGGAAGGUAAACUCAUCGAAUCGACCGAAACUCGUUCUGGUUUUGAGAAAGUUCGAGCUAACCAGCUCAUCGUUCGCGGUUUACAACGGUCCGAUCAACAUGCAGCUUUUACAUGCCAAGCUUCCAAUAACAACAUUAGCCAACCAGUUUCCGCAACCACCACUAUCGAAAUACACUUUCGACCUCUUACUGUUGAAAUUCUGAUCAGCAAUAAUCCAUUCUCUGCGGAUAGAAAGUACGAUAUUCCCUGUCAAACUUUCGGUUCAAGGCCACCCGCUAAAAUUUCUUGGAUAAUGGAUGGAAAAGAGCUACUUCCGCCUAAAUAUAAUGCUACCAGUUCGGACACUGAAGAUGGAAAUUCAACAACUUCUAUUCUAUCUUUUGUACCUGCCAGACUUGACAACGGCCGAUCUCUAACGUGUAGAGCAUCCAAUCAUUUGGUACAAAAUGGCGUCGAAGAGCACACCGUGAAAUUGAAUGUAUUCUAUGUGCCCAUUCUCCACCUGUCUCUGGGUUCGAAUCUCAAUCCUGACGAUAUUGAAGAGGGAGACGAUGUUUACUUUGAAUGCAAGGUAAACGCCAACCCUUGGGCAUACAAAGUUCUAUGGAAACACAACGGUGAAGUGAUGCAGGCCAACCAGAAGGGCGGUGUGAUCAUGAGCACGUUGGCGUUAGCCCUGCAAGGUGUGACUCGCAGUCAAGCGGGAAAUUACUCAUGUGUGGCGUCAAAUGUCGAAGGAGAUGGUGACAGCAACACGGUCGAUCUCAAAAUUAUGUAUAAACCAGUAUGCCGAUCAGUGCAAAAACGUAUAUACGGCGUAGCGAAAGCUGAAAAAGUCAAAGUACUUUGCGAAGUUGAAUCGUAUCCUCCACCAGACACUUUCAAAUGGUUGUUUAACAACUCAGCAGAGUCAUCUGAAGUUCCUAUCACACGAUAUAAAACCGGAGUCCACAGAUUUAGCUCAACUCUAACGUACACACCGAUGACCGAAAUGGACUACGGCACUGUGAUGUGUUGGGCGAAUAAUUUGGCUGGGAGACAGCAGGAGCCUUGUAUAUUUCAUAUCAUUCCUGCCGGAAAACCAGAUCCGCCCUAUAAUUGUACUAUAGUUAAUAUGACGAACGAAUCACUGGAGGUAGAAUGUACCGAAGGAUUUGACGGCGGACAACCGCAACAUUUUCUUCUGGAAGUUUACGAUUCAACGACUGGACUUAUAUUAGCAAACGUUUCUUCAAAAUUUCCUGUCUUUAUCGUGAGUGGUCUGGACCCCGGCAAGUCUCUGAAAAUGAUAGUUUACGCUGCAAACAGUAAAGGAAAAAGUGAACAAGUUCCACUUGAAGGAUUUACUUUGAACGUAGCCGAAAAACAAACAGCAACAACAAUAAUGCAUGACAACAUUCAAAGCGAACAAACAGGACAACUAAGCCAACAAAUUACCGAUUUCCAAAAUCUCAAAAAAUUAUUUGAAGAGCUUAAUUCUUUGGUGAAUAUUCAGGAAAUGACUAGGGCAGUGAAGGAUCUAUCAGCAGCUAUGAAAAAUGCUACUACAAAACUAGAGAAAUUUAAUGCUUAUCAAACCUUUGUUGAGAAUAUUGAUAACUAUAACAUCUAACGAGGUGUAAACUGGUUGACGAUUUAAGGAGUCGGAAAUAACAAUUUAGAAAGAAAUUUAGAUAUAAUUCUUUUUUAAUGUUUGAGUGGAAGAGUCAUCACAUUACAAUUGACACUUUGUGAGAGACUCAUCAAUAAUUUUCUAUAUAUAUAAACCAAUGUAUAGUUUGUAGCUCCAAUAAAACUUUGCUUUUA